CACACCUUUAGAAAGAAAGAAAAACUAUGAUGUCGAAGAAGAAAGAAAGCAUGGGACGACAGAGAAUUCCGAUGGUUAAGAUAAAGAAAGAGACCCACCGGCAAGUCACAUUCUCAAAACGUAGAGCCGGUCUAUUCAAGAAAGCUAGCGAGCUUUGCACAUUGUGUGGUGCAGAAAUAGGGAUCAUCGUGUAUUCUCCAGCCAAAAAGCCUUUCUCUUUCGGCCAUCCCAGCGUCGAAUCCGUAUUGGACCGUUACUUGUCCCGAAACGAUUUGUCCUUAGCGAAGACGAAGAAACCGCAGGGAAACACUGCAGGGAGCUGCGAGCUGAAUAUGGUGUUGACGCAGACCGUGAGUGAGGUAGAGGAAGAGAAGAAGAAGGGUCAAGCGAUGGCAGAAACGAGAAAAGGGAAUGCGGCGAGGCGGUUGGUGACUAAUUGGUGGGAAGGACCAGUGGACGAGAUGAAUGUGGUUCAAUUACAGGUAAUGAAAUGUGCGUUAGAGGAGUUGAGGAAGCUUGUUGUGUCAGAGACAAAUACGGUGCCGUUUAAGGAGGUGAAAGAGGAUGUGUUCGGUUUCUUGGAUACUAAUAAAGUGACGGCUCCUUCUUACGCGAACAUGACUUCUGGUCUUUCUAAUGCUUAUCAUUUUGGCUACGGAAAUGGUUGUUUCUGAUUCACAGAUGUUAUAAAGCUAGUAUCUAGCUAGCUGUUUACUUUUUUUUUCCUCAGAUUGUUUUUUUUGUU